AACAUGUUUAUAGUGAGUUUGGCUAUAGCUGAUUUAAUUGUGGGAUUAUUAGUCAUGCCAAUCAGUGCCAUCUACAUCUUUACCUCGGACUGGUCGUUUGGUGUGGUUGUGUGUCAAGCGUGGAUUGGAGUAGAUUAUAUUGCCAGCACAGCAUCAAUUCUGAACCUUUUUAUACUUAGUUUAGAUAGAUACUGGUCCGUUAGAUCUCCAUUAAUAUACCUUCGUAAACGGACCAAACGUCGAGCAUUAAUAAUGAUCUCCAUAGUGUGGUGUGUGUCUUCGUUGUGGAUAGUUCCAAUCGUAGCCUGGCACCACAUCGUUCGGCAAGGUGUGCGGAUUGUGCCAGAAAAUGUGUGCGAUACCGAGUAUGCUACUAACUCGGCUUUUAAGGUUAUAACAGCCUUCUUCAACUUCUAUCUUCCAUUGGCUGUCAUGUAUUCAUUGUAUAUAAAGAUAUUUCAGGAAAUUCGUAAACGAUCCGAAUUCGAAUUAGGACAAAGAAAUAUUGGUUCGAAACCAAUUUCAUAUCAAACCGGUAACACGUCACAUUCUGGGGAGGACAGUGAAAUACCGGACAAUACUUUCUCAGAGGAUAAUUACCAACACCAUUGUUCCCAAGAAGAACAGCCAAAUUCAACAAACGCUAUCAAACGGGGUAAUUCAAAUAAUAAAAAUGUAAAAGGCUAUAAAAAUUUACGACUUAUAGCAGUUCAAAAACAGAUGGGAAGCGGUCGUGAAAAUCAUAACUCCAAUCAUUCAUAUAAAGUAGAAUAUGUUUAUGACGAAACGGUAAUGGAUCCUCAAACAGAAAGAAUAGAGAGAUACUAUUACGAAGAGCAUCUGCCAUUAACACAAAAACCAUCAUCUGCCUCAUCAUCCAAUCACAAAACGCUUACACGCUCAGAAACCUCGCUUUCACAAUCAACGUCAUCCGCCAGUACGUUUGAAGAUGUUCGGCCAGACAACGACAAGACAAAGGGAGAAAACUUCUCAUUGAUGAGUGGAAUCCGCAGAAUACGACAAGCAGAAAAACUGUUGGAUAAAACCGUUACGGUGACAUCGGAAAGGGGUAGUGACAAGGACAAAACAUUGUUCGUUUUGCGGGAUGAUAAAAAUCGACGGUUAACCGGUGUAUUGAAUAUCAAAGAUCGAAUACGUAAUUUAAGACAGACAUCAGCAUUAACUAAAGAAAUUAAAGCGGCUAGACAAUUGGGGGUUAUAAUGGGGGCGUUUACUUUGUGUUUUUUGCCCUAUUUUAUACUAUUCCUUGUUGUGGCGUUUUGUGAGGGUUGUAUAGACCCAGGCCUCUUGACGGCCAUGACGUGGGUUGGCUAUCUUAACUCAACCUUAAACCCAUUUCUAUAUCCACUUUGUAAUUUACAAUUUAGACGAAAGUUUAGAAAAAUGUUCGGUGUUCUUAACAAACAGCGCAACCCCGGACAGUAUGAUAUCAAUGACAGGAACAGUCUAACGAACGCGCGUUUCGACUGAAAUUGUUGAUGACUUUGUUCGCAGGGGUUUCCUUUACUGUAGACAAAUUGAUUUUUGUAAGAUAAAUCUAUUAGUUUAUCUAACUAAAAAUAAGCCAACUCACUAGGUUUAAGACAAAAUUAAUAAUAUUUGAAGCUGAGAUUUUAG